CUCUCUCUCUCUCUCUCUCUCUCUCUCUCUCUCUCGUAAUAACGGUAUUUCCCGAUCAAAACCAGGGAAAUAUAAAUUUCCAUAAAGUAUCGUCGUCUCCUUAACUACUUUUCCGGAUUUUGGUGUUUUGACUGAUUAUGGUUUCAUUUGUUAUGAACUCAAAAUGGCGUCAAAUUGUUAAAGUAGAGUAUCAGUUUGUCAAAGUUGAAGAUUUGCAACAUUUACGAUGUGAGACCAACAGAAUAUUGCAUACCAGAACCAAUUUCUAUGGAUUCUCCAGCAAUCCGAUAUGCCACUCAUUAUAUUGGAAAUUUAAUGUGAUUAUUACACUCUGACAGAGGCUUCAUCUCAGCAAGAUGGACAGCGAGGAUGAACACGAUCUCAUGGACAGCCAUCAGACCAUGUCCUCCCUGACUGGAUUUCUCUUUGGCAACAUCGACGAGAAAGGUGACCUGACAGAGGAUUUUCUGGAUGAGGAAUCUAAAAGACACCUUGGCUCGUUGAGUUCCCUGGGUGGUAUUGGUGUGAUGGUUAAGGAGAUCACAGAGAACCAGGAUGAAGACAGAGACGAUUACUAUGACAGUGCGUCAGAAGAUUUCACCGCCAAGUCCCCUACUGCUGUUGAUUAUUCAGACAUCAGCGAGACUGUGGACGAUGAAACGGAGAAAGUGAAGGAAGCCAUGCAAGGCCUCGCCAUACCCAGGAAAGCAAGUGCAGAAGAGGAUGACUAUGAUGAUGAUGAUGAUGAUGAGAAAGAUGUAAAAUUGAUGCCUCCGCCAUCAUGGGUCCCAAAAGCACUGAAGACCGAUGACGGCACUACUAAAUUGCUUGCUGACAGGUCUUCCCCUCAGAGCAGUCCUGACAAAUCUAAGGCUACCACCCCUCUGGCUGCUAUGCUACCCCCAGAACUGAGUAAAAUAGAUGUCGCUGCAUUGUUCCCUGAAUUCAGGCAUGCACAGGUGUUAAGGUUUUCCCGGUUGUUUAGACCGCAAUAUGUCCAUCACUUAUACAAAAGAAAGAAGAAAAAGAAACCAUCAGAUGAUGAUAAAGACAAUCAGAGAGACUCAUCAGAGGAAGAUAGGAAAGCCAGACUAGAAGAACAUCGUUUGUCACUGACUCCAUUGGAGAGAGUCAUUGCUGAGGCGGAGAAUUACCAGAAAACUCACCAGGCCUCCUCUGAGGGAGAGAGUUCAGCUGAUGAAAUCAGCAGUGAGGGAGAGGAGGACGAGGAGGUGGAAACUAUGAAACUGAACUUUGGAAGGCUGCCAAAAGUAGAGGAAUGUCUACCUGAUGAUGAGGAGAUGCUUCUGAAGCCCUUGGAGCGUAAGUCAGUGACUGGGACCACAACUAAGGGCAAGGAGGAGAGUGGGGGUUUGAAGAUUGCCCCAUGGCGCUUCGGUCCCGCCCAGUACUGGUAUGAUUUACUGGGGGUAGAUGAAUCGGGAGAAGACUUUGACUACGGAUUCAAGCUGAAACCAAAAGAGCAGAUUGAGACAGACAAAAAAGAAGUAGAAGAUCUGAAGGUAAAUCCAGAGGCGUUCUUAAUGGUCACUCAACUGAACUGGGAGGAUGACAUCAUCUGGAAUGGUGAGGAUGUGAAGCAGAAAAUUCUCCAAUCACAGAAACAGAAAGCUUUAUCUGCGGGCUGGAUACCAAGCACUCAGUACAGAACUGCUACCAUGUUCACACAACAGACUGGUCAAACUCCAUCAUCAGGAAUGUCUCCGAAAAUGUCAAACUUCAUGACAUCCGGUUAUUCCAAAACCAUUCCAGGGAUCUCCCCGAUAUAUAAACCUGGACAGCCUCACACAGGUCCUGAUGGAUUAGACCACAAUAAAGACAAGGAGGUUUGGUAUUCCAUUUUUCCUAUUGAGAACCGAGAUCUCCUGUACAGGAGGUGGGAAGAUGACAUCAUCUGGGAUGCAGAGAACAUGGAGAAGAUCCCUUCACCACCUGUGUUGACACUGGAUCCCAAUGAUGACAACAUUAUUCUGGAGAUCCCUGAGGACAAGGAUCCCAAUGAAAAAAGUGCAGAACCAGUCAAAAAGGAGAAGGCAGAGGUUAAGAAAUCCAAACUUCUUCUUGGGAAGGCCGGAAUCAUCAAAGAUGAUGGAGAAGAUGAGGAGGAGAAACCUCCAUCCCUGCAGAGUAAAGAUCCGUUUAAUCUUUCAAAUGAUGAGUUUUACAACCCAAAGUUACUGGAAAGUGCCAUCAAAGGGGGCAUAGGGACGAGUCUUAUUCAGCAUUCCACCCCCGCCCUGGAGUUGAGACAACCUUUCUUUCCCACACACAUGGGUCCAAUGAAAUUGAGGUGCUUCCACCGUCCUCAGCUGAAGAAGUAUUCUCAUGGCCAAAUAUCUACUCCUGGCCCUCACCAAGUGCUGCCUCUCAUCAAACAGAUCAAAAGGAAGGCCAGGUUGAGAGAGCAGGAGAGACUGGCCUUUGGGGGUGGGGACAUCUUCUUCAUGAGAACACCCCAGGACCUGUCAGGAAUGGAUGGGGAACUUAUCUUAGCUGAGUAUUCUGAAGAGUAUCCUCCCCUUCUGAUGCAAGUCGGCAUGGCAACCAAAAUAAAAAACUACUAUAAGAGAAAACCUGGAAAAGAUUCCCAGCCUCCUGCAUAUAAAUAUGGAGAGCUGUCAUAUGCCCACACCUCUCCAUUCCUGGGAACUCUCGUACCUGGUCAUUCCAUUCAGGCGUUUGAGAAUAACAUGUUUAGGGCACCUAUAUACGAGCACAAAUUGCCAGACACAGAUUUUCUUAUCAUCCGAACCAGACAAAAUUAUUUUAUAAGAGAGGUGAACACGAUCUAUACAAUAGGCCAGGAAUGUCCAAUGUUCGAAGUUCCAGGUCCAAACUCCAAAAGGGCAAACAAUUUUAUUCGAGACUUUCUUCAGGUCUUCAUAUACCGACUGUUUUGGAAAAGUAAGGAUAAUCCAAGGAGAAUAAAAAUGGAUGACAUCAAGAAAGCUUUCCCAAACCACUCAGAGAGCAGCAUUAGAAAGAGGCUGAAACUGUGUGCAGACUUUAAAAGAACAGGUAUGGACUCUAACUGGUGGGUAGUGAAGCCAGACUUCCGACUACCGACAGAGGAGGAGAUGAGAGCCAUGGUAUCCCCAGAGCAGUGCUGUGGCUACUUCAGCAUGCUGGCUGCUGAACAAAGGCUAAAGGAUGCUGGUUAUGGGGAGAAGUCAUUAUUUGCACCUGAAGAUGACAAUGAGGAAGAUACUCAAUCUAAAAUAGAAGACGAGGUGAAAACUGCUCCUUGGAACACGACAAGAGCCUACAUUAGUGCAGUGAAAGGGAAGUGUUUGCUGGACCUUAACGGGGCAGCAGAUCCUACAGGCUGUGGGGAGGGGUUCUCCUAUGUCAAGGUCCCCAACAAACCCCAGCCCAAAGAAGAGGGUAAGGAACAGACUCCUCAGAAAAAGACGGUCACAGGAACAGACGCUGACCUAAGGAAACUCAGCCUGAAGGACGCUAAACAACUGCUUAGGAAGUUCCAAGUACCAGAUUCUGAGAUAAAGAAGUUGUCUCGAUGGGAGGUCAUUGAUGUGGUGAGAACGAUGUCAACUGAACAAGCUAAAGCUGGACAGGAGGGAAAAGCUGGAAUGAGCAAAUUUGCUCGAGGAAACAGGUUCUCAGUGGCUGAACACCAGGAGCGUUAUAGGGAGGAAUGCCAGAGAAUAUUCGAUCUUCAGAACAGGGUUUUAGCCUCAGAGGAAGUGUUGUCUACUGAUGAAGGUUCCAGCUCAGAUAAUGAUUCAGAUUUUGAGGAAAUGGGGAAAAAUCUGGAGAGUAUGCUGUCCAACAAAAAAACUAGCUCACAGCUAUCUCAUGAGAAAGAAGAGGCAGAGAGAAGAGAACUGCAGAAGAUGUUGAUGGGUGAUGAUGGAAAGGACAAGGGAGACAAAUCUAACAAGUCCAAGAACAUCAGAACAAGGAAGUAUGAAUCCCGAGAGAAGUUCCUGGUCGAUGUCAAUCAGAUAGUAGAGAACUGUAAACUAUACAAUGGUCCAAAAAGUGCCCUCACUCUCACUGCACAACAGAUGAUGGAGCUGGUCUUCAAAAGGUUGCAGAGGUAUGGAAUAAAAGAAGAUAAGCUGAUGAGACUGGAAAAAGCCAUUAAUCCGCUGUUGGACGACAAUGACCAGGUGGCUUUCUCCUUUAUACUGGAGAAUAUCAUAGCACAGAUGAAGGCCAUAGAAAAUUCUUGGCCUUUUCAUCAACCUGUCAAUCGCAAGUUUGUGAAAGACUAUUAUGAUGUGAUAAAGAACCCCAUGGAUCUCUCCUCGCUGUUGAAGAAUGUGCAGAGUCACAAAUACCAGACCCGAGACCAAUUCCUGAAUGACGUUGACCUGAUUUACCAGAACUGUGAGAAAUACAACGGGCCAGGCAGUAACUACACAAAAACGGCUCUCAAAAUGAGCGAACUCUGUAGAGAAAGACUGCAAGAGAAUGAGGAAAGCCUGAAUCAGAUGGAAAGUGACAUCCAUGCAGCACAGGAAGCGGCUCUGGAGGCGGUAGAAACGGACAGCAUCAUGACGGGGACGUCAGCUAACCCAGAGGAUAGUAGUCUGUUUGGAAUGGACAAUGAGAGCAUUGAAGACAUCAACUUGUCUGCCUCCCGUGAGAAUAUCACCAUAGCUGAGGACACCAAUGAUGACAGCAUGAUGACUACCAACACCAGACGAGGGUUGAACCAGUCUGGAAACUCAGGGUAUGACUCCGAGUAUGUCGACAUCGAGGGUGAUGAUGAGAAUGCCUAUACCCAGGAUGCUGUAGAUCAGGAUGCAUCUGGACAAGGUGAUGGUUUGGCUCAAGAUUUACAGAUGACUCCAGAGAAUUCAGACAAUGAAGACUUGGGUGACCCGGAUAGGAAGGUCUUUCAGAGUGAACUCGCUCUGUCACAGUUUGAACGACAAAACCCGGAGCAGUAUUAUCAGUAUCCAGUUCACUUCCAGGAGGACGAUGAAAAUAGUUUUGAUCCGUCAGACUUCUUUAUGCACAGCUCACUGGCUCAGGAGGCAGCAGCCAAUCAAAUCAAGCAGGAAGAGUCAGGGGACGGAUUAGCACCUGUUGCCAUGGAGACUGAUAUUAACAAUGACCUUCAGGUGUCAGAAUCAGAUAAUGAAGAUGACGAGGCUGAGCAAAUUUCAGGGGGAGGAAAUGAUGGAUUUGACAUUGAUGAAUUUUUCUGAGGAGUGAAGUCAUCUGCCAGGAACAUGUCUUUCAAAGUCAUUGAAGUGUAUUUAUUUUUCAGGGCAACAUUUGUGAGUCAGGAAUAUAUCAAUUGUGUGGAACUUUCAGUAGUGUUGAAAUUUUAUAGUUCGAAUGAACUGAAAUGCUAUGAAUUUUCUAGAGUGAAUUUUCUGAGGAACUGCUACUGUUGUUUAGGGGUGAACAUUUCUGUAUUCCCAUACUAUCUUCUCUGGUUCUCUGUGGAAAGGCUGGGGGUGGGGGUGGGGGGUGAAGAAUGAUGAACUUCAAAUUUAUCUUUAAACACAGUGUAAGGUAAUGUGAAGAAUAUGGUAGUAGAUCUAGAUAUGCAUUAGAAGAUUAUGUUUCAUAAAAUGAUUGAUCAGCCAUUGAAGCCUUUCUUUGGACAUAAAGGGAAGUCCUAUUCUAAACUAAAACCACAGAUGGGAUUCAUUCCUGAAAAAAUUCCUUAUCCCAAAUAAGGGGCUUUAAGGACCAGUCUAAAAUGGUUUCAUGAUUAAACCAACAAAAACAUUCAUGAAAGAGAAGCUUUAUACAAAUGUAACACUUGCACCACACAAGUAUAAAUGAAAUUCUAAUAUUAUGUAGAGAUCAGUAUGUACUUUAUAUUGGAGGAAAAGAUGGUGUGAUGAUAAAGUUUACAUGCAUAUGCAGUGUAGCAAAAAUCUGUAAUGUAAUGUAAAAUGUAACGUAAUGUAAAUUUGUAGUGGCACAGUGCAUGAUCAAAUCUACUGAGAUGUGCUUUGAGCUUCACAGGAUUUGGUCACAUGAUCACCCCAUUUCACACUUCAAUGAAGUAUUUAGAACCAUUGUUUAUUUCUUUGUGGGAGUUACUCUCUCAGAUUACAGAAAACUUGACGAGGGGUGAACAUUGGAGAAGCAGUACAAUAUGUUCACACUGUAAUUAUGGAUGUUUACUGUCAUGAGUAAGUAACUUGUAGAUAACAUUUGGUAGGCACUAGCAGUUUUAUGUACUAAGUAUUUUGUAUUAUUGUAUGACCUCCAAGAGGUUAUGUAUAUGAGGCAGCAUUGUUUGUGAAGUUUAUUUCAUUCUUUAUUAGGAGGAAUUAUUUUUAUAUGUAUUGUGAAAUUAAAGGUCCAGAUGAUAAAUAUUAUAAA